AUGAGUUCAUUACAAUUGCCUACUCGCAAUGGCGAGCCAUCCUCAUCUUCUGAGCCAGUCAACAAGGUGACGCCUGAGGAGGGAUCUCACCCUUCUGUCUCCUUCCACCAGGUGUCACAGUAUCCAAGAAGACCUGAUGGGACCGGCACUCCAGAUUCGUCCAUGAUUCGGGGCAUCAAUGGCAAUUUUCAUCCUGGGGCGCAGACUCCGCGCUCAGCCGCGACCAACGCAUCGUGGCGUAUCCAGGGCGGUACGGAGUCGAAUCUUUCUUUCACCUCAUCCAUAUUGCAAGAAGAAGCGAAGCUGCGCUGGGACUCGGAUAAAGAGCUCAAAAAGAUGUCAAAGAGCAUGCUUAUGCUCCAGAAAUGGAGCCUUAUCCUUGGCCUCGUUAUGCUCAACGGCGCCCUCAUUUAUACUGGAUGGAAGUACUACCAGGUGUACUACUUCUUUCUUGUUCUGCUGAGCUCCAAUACUGUGCUCCAGUCUACCAUGUGUAUAUGCAUUAUACUACAUUGGUUCUGCACCCGCAUUCUCUGCUUCUUCUGGCGACCCAAUGAGAUUAUUCCUGGCGAGCCAGAAAAGUUGGUCAUGUUACUUCCGUGCUAUAACGAGACGUACGAGGAGUUAACGCGGUCACUCGACUCUUUGAUUGCGCAGAAGAAUAUCGAGAGCCACCCGCGCAUACUCUUCAUUGUCGUGGACGGAAAUGUUCGUGGCCCUGGUAUGGAAAAGACAACUCAGGACUAUCUGUUUGAGGAUAUCUUGGAACCAGGCCUAUCUCGGUACUUUGAGAACGGCUACCGCGCUCGUGACGGCCUUUUUAUGCCUGUCAAGACUCAAACCGGAUACUAUAAGGGCACCCCUUACAUCCUUAUCAGCAAGCGCUACAAUCAAGGCAAGCGUGAUAGUCUCUGCUUUGCGCGAUCAUUUCUAUACCAUUUUAAGCAGCGCUCUGAGAACAUUGUCACCAUGUUCAACAAUGACCUUUUUGAGUACAUCGGCAACAACCUUAUUCAAGCCGGCCUCAACGAUGUUACCUACCUCUGCGGCAUGGAUGCUGAUACCGUUUUCGAUGAGUUCUGCAUGUGGGAAAUGAUCAAGGAGAUCCGCAAGAACCCCAAGCUCAUCGGAGUUUGUGGUCACGUCUGUGUCGAUUUUGAGGGUCAUAACUGGGGUUGGUGGUCGCUAUACCAGUCUGUUGAGUACUCCCAAACUCAGGGUCUCCGUCGCAUGUUCCAGUCGCGGAUUACCGGGAAAGUUAACUGCCUGCCCGGGUGUUGUCAGCUCAUUCGCGUUGAUGAGUCCACGUUUGGCGAUGCCGUACUCCGCGAGCGCUUUGGCUAUUGCCCCAAGCCGAAUGAUAUCAUGACCCAACAUAUCAUGGGUAACUAUUCUGAGGAUAGUAUCCAUGCCUCUAUCAUUUUCAGUCUUUUCCCCGGUAAGCAGACCGCCCAGGCUCUUCGCGCCAAGGCUAUGACGAUCGUCCCCCAAAACUGGAAGGUCUUCCUCUCUCAGCGCAAACGUUGGGCUCUUGGCAGUAUCUCCAACGAGUUUGUCAUGAUCUUCCGGCCGGGCAUUAUCCUUAUCGAGAGGUUACAGAGUAUCAUCGCUUGCGUAACCUGGGCUAUCACACCCUUCAUCAUCGCAGCCUUUAUCGAGCUCAUCAUGGUUUUUGCCAAACGAGGCAGAGAAGUGAUGGAGGACCCGGUCUUCCUUGGUCUUAUAUGCGUUUUGUUCUUCCGCUACUUCUAUUCCUUCUGCAUUGGCUUCUGGCUGCCACGGAACAACUUUGAACGCGCCCAAUAUUUUGUGGGUUACGUCCUGCACAUAUUCAUAUCCCCAUUCAUGAAUAUUAUCAUCUUAGUUUACUCUCUUUUUCACUCCGAUGACUUCAAGUGGGGAAAGACCCGAGAAACCAUCCGCGAUAGUAAAGAGAAGGACGGUGACGAUGUCGGUGGCCGGGGUACACACUAA